ACGGGCACAGUUUUCGUAAUAAAUUUGAAUUAAACUGACAGUUUGUCUUUCGGAACACUUACGAAACACACAUUUAAAGCAUUUACUGAGAUUGUAAAAGACUUUCAACAAAGAGAGAUAACUUUCUUUAUAACCUUUUAUUUGAGCUUGCGUGUGCAUGUGUGUGCCUGUGUGUGUGUGUAGGAGUUGAAACAAAGACACAGCUGCAGCUGUUUGGCGUUUUAGAAUAUAAAUAGAGCAUAAAUUGCAAAAGAUGGCUAAGGUAAUCUCACAAGAGACAUUCGACGAGGUCGUCCAGGAGAAUGUUGUGGAGUUCUGCAUGACGGCAGAGGAUGCCAAGCAGGAGACUAUCAAACAGUUUGAAGCUCAGGGCAUAAAUCUGGCGAAUAUUAUCAAGGAUCUGAGCAUCAAUGCGGAGACAGGCAAGCCCAUACUCAAUGAAACUGUGGAGAAGCUAAAGACGCACAUAAGUGAAAAGUCUGAGGAUGCACAGCAGUUACUGGAGCUCUUAGCCAUUCUGGAUAUGGAGUGCCAAAAGUCAUUGGCGCAUAGAGUGCUGGCGGGCAAGAAUGGUGCACAUGAUGCAUUGGUAACGCUGCUGGAGCAAACUUUAUGCGCGGAGCAGCUCAACACAGCGCUGCUGAGCAAGUGCCUGACAGCUGCUAAUAGCUUAACACACAAGCAGCCGGAUCUGUUCGAUGCGGAGGCAUUAUCUAUGGUAUUGAAGCUGCUGGCCUUGCAGGAUCAACUGGACAUCACCUGCCUGACGCUACAGUGGCUGCAAAAGGCGUGUGUGAUGCACGAGAUGAAUCGUCAGCAUAUUAUGAGCAGUGGCGUCUUGCCGUUGAUGAAGCCGUUGCUACGCAAGGAUAGCGCAAGGCUGGUGCGUGAGACAACAGCAGUGCUGCGUUUUCUGGUGCUGGACGAUGAUAUACGCGUGGAGUUUGGUUGUGCGCACGAGCAUGCGCGUCAGAUAGCUAAUGAGAUGUUGCUGCAGCUGGUGGAGCUGCUGCCUGCCUAUGAGGAAGUCAAUGUGCUCUCAGACUUGUUGCUCACCAUAGGCACGCUGGCCGUGCGCCAAGAGCUGUGCACGCUUAUCGAUGAGGCGGGCGGUCUUAAGCUUAUCUUUGACAUUAUGCAGGCAAAUCUGCAGCACGAGCGUCUCAAUCGAGAGGCCUUGAAGCUAUUGCGUGCCAUGGCUGGUCAUGAUGCAGUCAAGGCGCAUAUAAUACAGCAGGGCGUGGCGCCCAUUAUUAAAGAACUGCUAGAAACUCAUCAGCAGAAUGAAAAUGUUGUGGCCGCUGCCUUUGCAUGCAUAACGACGCUAACGCUGCGUGUUAAGGAGCACAGUGCUGCCUUCUUCGACACUGGCAUUGCAGAAGUUAUGGCGGAGGCAUUGCGUGCACAUCCCAAGCAUAAGACUGUGCAGCGCAAUGGCGCCUGGGCUAUACGCAAUAUGGUUUCACGAUCACGCAAUCAGUGCGAGACCUGGUUGUCUUUUGGCAUUGAGGAUUUGCUAAAUGCAGCCAUGCUGGAGCAUCCGGCUGUGGCGCAGGACAUUAAGGCAGCAUUGCGUGAUCUUGGCUGCAAAGUGCAGUUGAAAGAGGAAUGGACCGGCACGGCGGAAAAGAAAAUUGCUGCUUAAAACUUUAUUUCAUUCAUAUGCAUACAAUGUUUUAUAUUUUUAUAAUAUUAUCCAGACUAACUUAUUCACAUACCAAACUUUUUCAUGCGGCAGCACAACUAAUAAU